AUGUCGACUUCGUCAUCAUCAUUAUCCUCACCUACUACUCCCAUCUUCCGGCAGUCCAAAGAAAGCUGUCCUAACAUCGUUCAUUUGGCUGUGAAGGAUCCUCUAAUAAACGAAGGACUUGGUGGUGGCUGCCCGGAAAGCAUAAUGAGAUUGUUUAAACGGAAGAAGAAUAAGGACAAGAGCAGCCGCAAUCAUCAGAGGCAAGAGGAAGGAAAUGACAAUAAAAAAAAUAGCAUCCACGACAACAACCAAAAGACGAAAAAGAAAUCUCUGCUGAAGCGAAUAUUCAAAUCAAACAAGAAAAAGAUCAAAGGGGACAAGAAAGGGAAUCAAGGGGUCAAGCAGGAUCAUACAGAGACAACAAGGGAUAAGCCGGGCAUUCUUAUCCCAUCAGAGACAUCAACAAGAAGUGUCAUGGGGGAACAAGAAGUACAGCAGCAGCAGCAGCAGCAGCUGAUUAUUGAAAAUGAAGUCUUCAAGGAUAAGAAUGAGGAAGGUAAUGCAAGCACUGAAGUGGAACUGAAUGCUUCUUAUCAUUCAUCGUUGCAUGCGCCGCUAUCUGAUUUCUUGAUGGAGCAGGAAUCACCUGAGGCUACGGCUACUAGUACCAGCGAAUUCCUGAAGUUGGCGUCAUCGCCAGUUCCAAUUUACAGGGACGAUGAUGAUGAGGAUUCUGAUGACGAUUAUGACCCCCAUGACCGACAAAAAGGAAGCAAAAAAUCAUCAUCACAGCAACAUACAGAAACUCUGGAUGUCACACAAGAGCUUUCCUUUUCCUCAUCUUUGUCAUUGUGGACCAAGAGUUCUGCUGUGAAGGUAAACAAGAAAGCAGAUGAUGCUUCUAGUGACGACUUUUACAAUGACGAUGAUUUGAAUACUACUGGUGACUCGCCGGGAGCUCUCUACAAGAGGGAUAGUGAACAAGAAGAAAGCGAGGAUGAAAGGACGUUCAAUGGCCUCUUUGAAGAACAAGUUUCUGCACUCGAAGACACACUCGAGCAAAUCAAGAGUCUAAGUGAUCAGGAAGAUAGCAGCAGUAGCAGGACUGGUAGCUUGAGCCAAAACGAAGAGGAAAUGCCAGUGGCGCCACCUGAGUCGCCACCACACGUUUCUCUGAUACUGCCAAACCUUUCCCCAAUCAAAUCAUCCAAGGUUGGGUCACCUACUAAUGCUGCGGUAUCGGGCUAUGAAUCAUCCAGUUCCUGGUCCGCCCCACAAUCACCAUCGCCUACCACAAACUGCCUCGAUAAUAUUGUUGGAACUUCCACUCCCACCGCAGUGUCACCAAUUGCCUCUCCGCUACAGUUGAAGCAACGAACCCGACAAGAUCGAUUUGCCUUGGCGGAAAACAGCACUAGUAGUACCACUGGUGUGAACAGUAUCACACGCAGCUAUCAUUCCAAUGAUGAAGAGGCAAGCAUGUCCACCAAUAAUAGCGUAUACUUGGAUUGCGUUGGCGACAAUGCGGAUGCGGAUACGAAUGCAGGAUCAUCCAUUUUCACAGCAGAUGGAGAAGUUUGCAAAGAUCUGCUGGUGCAAUUCGAUGAGUACUCCAAUCAGUACUCCUUGGGAUUGCAGGUUCGCAAACUGAUGCAAGAACGAGACGAAUUGCUGGCCAAUCAACAGAAAGAAAGGGAAUUGCAUCAGGGCAAUUACAAAGCCUUUUGUGAGAAGAUUCAGAGACUAGAGGAAAUCUGUAGCAAGCAGCGAGAGCAACGGCAAUCCUUUGUGGAACAAUUGGCACAUCAAUCAGUAUUGCAUCGGCAGAGUGUAUUGCAGCUUUCCUUCCUUCGCAAACAGCAACAGGAAUUCAAACAACAGCAGCAGCAGCAGCAGCGACAACAACAAGACGAAAACCCGUGGACGCAACUGACGGCAACAGCUCCAGUUCCAGCUGCCGAUGAUAUGUUAGAACAUGUUCAAAGUGCAGUACAGAAAGAGGGAGCGGCAAUUUUGGAUCGCUUCUUACUGGAUGACCAACAUCGCGAACAGCUGGAGGAGCAGCUCGAAGACUCCCUGAAUGAGCGACAUCAACUGAUUGCAAAAUUUGGCCAAGAGUUGGGGAGUCAACUAGCCAGAUACAGGCAACUGGAAGAUCGAUUUAAGGCAGAACAGAACAAGUACAAUCGACAAGUCGGUUUGAAUGCGCAAUUGGAACAACAAGUGUUCCAUUUGCAACAGGAUUACGAAGAACUUGAAGAGAAAUACACCCACCUGCAAGAUUGGCAGGCCGCUAUAAUCCGGAAACAUGAGCGUCAACAAAACAAGCGUGCGUCACCGGCCAGGCGAAAAGAUGAAUGGACAACUGUCCUUGGGGAAGCUGGCAACAACGACGACGAUGAAAGUGACAUGUCGAUCAUGGAGGCUUAG